AUGGAGAAAGUUCGUCCAUACCCUAGAAAAUGGGAGAAUUUCACCAUGUCACUAGUAAGUGAAAUUACUCUUACAACUUCGUUACUUGAUAAACCUUGUGAAAUCUACCAUGAAUCCCCGGCCUUAGUAUUCAGUGUUAGUGGUUAUACCGGUAACUUCUUCCAUGAUUUUAACGACGGUAUUAUACCUCUCUAUGUAACCAUCAACACCCUUUUCCCUGACCAAGAUGUCACUCUUGUUAUCGCGGAUUUUACCAAUUGGUGGUAUAGCAAAUAUGAGGUCUUAUUAAGAGCCUUGACAAAACAUGGUAUUGUGAACCUUGCUAACCAAACAUCCACUCAUUGCUUCCCCUCAACGGCGGUAGGACUCAUAUCACAUGGUCCGAUGACCAUACUACCUAAUGAUCACCCGUACCAUAAGUCAUCAUUUCUCGAUUUUCGUUCCUUGCUAGAGAUUGCUUAUACCAAAUGUCAUGCUACACCACCACCCCCUUUGAAGGAGGGCAAGCCUAGGCUUGUGUUUAUGAGUCGUGCAGGAAAAGUGGGUCGCGUAAUCUUGAACCAACACGAAAUCAUUAAGGCCGCGGAAAAGGCAGGAUUUGAUGUUGUAUUAUUUCAACCAACAAAAUUUACAUAUUUGUGUGACGCGUAUAGACUCAUCAACGGAAGUCAUGGGAUGAUAGGAGUGCAUGGUGCUGCCCUAACACACUCACUCUUCCUUCGACCGGGAUCGGUGCUCAUUCAGAUCGUGCCACUUGGCAACGAGUGGUUGGCGGAUUCAUACUUCAAGAAUUUGGCAAAUAGUUUGAAAUUUGAGUAUGUAGAAUACAUUAUAAGGGCUAAGGAGAGUAGCUUGGCUGAGCAAUAUGGGUUAAAUCAUAAAAUUGUAACAAAUCCGAGUUUAAUUAUUAGAGGAAAUUGGUCUGCUUUAGAUAGUAUAUAUCUCAAGGGGCAAGAUGUUACGUUGGAUUUAAAUAGGUUUAGGACGUAUAUAGAAAUUGCAUAUUCAAAAGCUAAGAGGUUUUUAGACAAUACAAAUUCUUAA